AUGCGUUCCACUAAAGGCUCACAGUAUCUCUCAUCUCCACUUUCCUCUCAUCUUGCUACGACGUUGGCCAACUCAGGAGACAUCCUUUUUUCUUCCCCUGUUACUAAUCACCGCAGUAGUCCAUAUUUGCUCUCAUCCUCUCAACCUCCAUCCUUUCAGCAGCACCAAAACAGUUCGGUCUUUUCACUGGUUGAUCCCAAUAUCGAGCUGCCAACAAUAAGCGCUAACGAGGUUGAGCAAGUCUUAAGUCAGCUUCAGUCGACAUCGUCCUCUCAAUCGUCUGCACCACCGCCAUCUCGAAAGACAUCGGGCUAUUGGUUUUCUAAAGAUGAUUCUUUUACCCCUCCUCCGAUAAAGCGCUCCUUUGGUGGGUCUGUUAUGCCUGUGGUAACAUGCACAACCCAUCAAACGCAGAGUUCACAGUCACUUCAGACGCGAUCUUCUUCAUUAUUUGCUGCUCUUCAACUGCCUCCAAUGGGUGUUGGACAAGCAACAAUUUCUUCUUCUGUCUCUCCUCCACUGCACGCAGCAUUGCGAAGACAGCUGCUUACGCCGUCAACCGCCUUUAUCAAUCUCUCAAAUGCAGCUAAACAACGUCAGGAAAAUCUUACAGUGCGUCUGGCCAAUCGAGCCAAAUUGACUGCUGCUGCUCGGAUUCCCGUUGUCGUUAAUCCGUCGACGGUCAGCUCCGAAUGUACCACACCAACUCGAUCUGUCGCAUCACAAGCGCCUACUUCCACCGACCUUCACAUCUCCCAGGAUCCUAACGAGCGCUUUCGGUUUGUCUGUCCUCACCCGCGAUGCGGUCGGCGGUACCAGGCGCGAAUUGGCUUGACCCGUCACUUGGUGAAGUACCAUGGAGAGAACGUGGAGUCGGAGGAGGUGGUGACGUUGAAGCCGAAUUCGGAUCCUCUCCCAUCCUCAACAGCCGGUGCCGUUUGCAACGAAGAGGCUACUCUCUCGCGCUCAUCUGUUUCUUCCUGCACGACCACCGCUGGGCCCUCUUCUUCCCUCAAACUUUGCUUCUCCGUGCGGACUGUUCGGGUGGAUCAACGGUCGUCUCAGUCACUGGACAGAUCAAAAGUUCAGCGUCGCUGUCCAUCACCUCCGCCCCCUUCCUCCUCCUCAAGCACUCUUGCCUGUCCUCUUCCCUCCUCUGCACUCAAGAUAGCCCCCACCGCUGUGACUCACACGAAUCUGCGUAGCCAGACCUCACCUAGUCUGGCCUCUGAUCGCCAGACGACCACUACCGUCAGUGGGGCUCCCAAGGUGGCCAUCGUCUCUGUGCAACGCUCACCACCCCCCAUUUCUGUUCCGGUUGCUGCUUCCACCGCCGUCGCCGCCCGCCCCGACCCUCUUUUGGUGCAGCAACCACCACCCCCGCCAACACUUCAGCCUCAGUCCCCUUUCCUCAUGGGCAUUUACUCCAACGAUGUCACCGAACCGAUUAGCACCUGCAAGUUAAGUGAAGUGCUUUCCACUUUCGAAACCAAAGUAUUCUCUUCUUUUAUAGCUGGCGGAGCCCAAACAGAUCCUUGGUGUUGUAGCAGUAGUGAUAGGACCGCGCCCCUCGCCAGCGUUCCUCACUGUUCCUCCUCGUGUUGUUGGCAAGAUGAUUGUGAGUUUGAACAUGAAGAAGACGAGGAGGACUUUUUGGAGGAGGAUUGCAGCAGUGAUCUGGGCUUCGAUAGCUACUACUAUCCCAGUCGGCCUACUGACUCUCUUCCCUGUCUGCUGCACCCAACUUAUCCUCGUCAUUUUCAUUCUCCUCCGCCUUCCCUCCACCUGCUUCCUCGCGGUUCUGCCGUCGACCUCUCCACCGCCGGUAUGACUGAAGAAUGUUCCAGCUGUUGUUGGACCGCCGAUUCAGACUUCUCUAGUUCCCUCGGUGGUGGUCGUGGUGGUCGGCACUCUUCAGAGGACGGGAGAGGUCCCAACACUGGGGGAUUCUGGACCUCACCAUAUCCUCGGGUGCCUCCGACACGGCAGCGGAAACAACGACUUUCAUCAACUUCUUCAGCUAUGCUAUUCUCUCGUAGACGAUUUUCAACAACUGUCGAGAAGAAGAUGCGCUGGAGGCGUGGCGAGCGUCAUGGACGACGGCGUACGGUAAGCAGUAGUGGCGGUAGCAGCGGCGGCCUCCCUAUCACGGCUGCGCCCAACGCUGCUGACGUCGUUGUCGGCACUGCGCGGUCAGCGAGUGUUACGCGUAAUGGGAAAGGCGAUAAGUCAUCUUCCCUGGCAAAGGGUUCUGACGAACUGGUUGCUUGUCCAAUUCACGAUUGUGGCCUCGUCUGCUCUGGAUGCGAAAACCUCUGCGAACAUCUAAAGGAGUGCCAUCUUCCUGACUGUAAAUACACCUCAUUUAGGCAUCUCAAAUGCAGUCGCAUUAAUGAUGGCUGUCGGGAAAUCAAAUUCUAUGCAUGUGGAUCUGCAGUGCCCAGCGUUAAUGUUCUCUCCUCUAAGCUGAUCGGAUUCAAGUCCUCAAGCAGCAUUGUUGUGCCCUAUGCCUUCGUCUUUGCACUUGCUGUCGUGAUCGGUUUUAGCGUGUUAGCUACUGUUUUCAUUACUUGUCGACACUGUCUACUUACAGCCAGGAAUAAGCCAGUACGAUUGAUAUUCGCCUGCCCGGUGAAAAGCUGUCGGACCUUUUGCGCCAACGAGGCUGCAUUCGAGGCGCACUUCGAUGCCCACCUGGAGAGUCAUAUAUCUGGCAAGAUUGGUGACUUCUUUCGCCGAACCUCUACCGACUAUGAGGCUGAGACAGCCAAAUCUAAGCAACAUCAGCGGCGGCGUCACGUGAAGUCGGCAUCAUCCCUCGUGGAUCUCAAUAUGGACGUGUUCGGCAGCCUCUGUCUCCCUGUAUCUCCUGCGGACCAGCCCAUCUGCAACCGCAGUUCAGAUGAUCCUAGCUGUUCUGUGAACAAUGCUGCCAAACUCGACAGCCCUUCUACAUCUGUGGCUCUUCUUGAUGGUAUGAAUUCCUCUUCCGCUAUUGUUGUUUACGGUGGCCUAUUCAUUGACUCGUUACCUGUUGAUGCACUUCUUCAUGGUACAAAGUAUAAUUUUUACUUCUAUAUGUUUGUGACUAUGUGUCCCUUUUUAUCAAACUUAGGAGAGAAUUGGAGUCUCUUACAGGCUUUGGACCUCCUUCCUGAUGAUGUUCUGCAUGAGUUGCUGCAGGAGAAAACCUCUGGCUCCAACACUAAUGGCGCUUGGACAGGUCCAUCCUCUUUCAACGCCGGUGAGAGCGGGAACACCCCAACUCUCUCUAAUGGUUCCUCAGGUGGGAUUGGCAGUGUCCAGGGCUCCAACAUGCAGCAUCUGCAGCAGCAGACUCCCAUGGUCGUCUCCUGUUCUUCAUCUUCCGAUAGUGAGACUUCCGUCUCCGUUCACUCAGAGCGCUGUCAUCAGUGCCUAGGUGGAGGCAGUGUUGUGAAGCGUCAGAGAAACUCGCUAACUUGUCUUGAUUUUCCGAGAUCGGGACAGGUCGGUCUCUCGCGUACACGCUCAACGCAAUUACAAUCGAAAAAAGAGCCUCCGCCUCCAAAUAGCCUUCCCUCGGCAUCACAACUUCUUUUCCCAAAUAAGUCGGUGGCAUCGCAUGCCGUUUCAACGGAGGAUGUCUUUCACCUCCCAGAGGCUUGGCACCAAGUGUGUCCGGAACCAGAUUCUACCCGCCCUAAUUGGAGGGAGGAGGAAAGAAGUGGAGUACCGUUUGGCUUUCUAGAAGAAAGCGAGAAGACCCCCACCUGUCACCUCUCUGACACUGACAUGCCUCCGCUCUCAUCCUGUCUUUUGCCCACCCCUACUACUCCCGUCACAGCCACUGCCUAUUCGCAUCAUCGGAGGUACACAAAUCGUCUGAAGCGUCGCAGGCGCGCACUUGGCGAACGAUUCUACACACUUGACUCAAGGUAUCUCUCUCCUCAGCAGGAUACUUCUUCCAAUUCCUUUGAGGUGUCCCAGCACAACUAG